AUGGACGGUCAUGACCUCAACAACUCCGGUCAUGUCGCGCGUAUGAUCCACUCACACAAGUCAACCGGCGAUAAGACUGACAAGCAAGCCUCGUUGACCCGCUCCUCCACAAAAAGUCAUUUCUCUCAUCAACCCCCUGCAAAGGCAGGCAGAACCUCCGCUGCCACCCUCGGAGGAGCGGAGGAAGAGAACAACGAGUCCGACUUCUCUGGCUCUGAGCUCGAGGUAACAGCUGGUCAAGCGGAGGUAUCCCUGUCUUCAACAGUCUUCUCGAACCCCUCAGGCAAUGCAAAUCUAGAAUCAGGCUGCUCUGUGUCAAUGACACCAGAUCUGUCUGCAAUUUCACGCGCUAAGGCCGACAGUACCCCAGUCCGUCUAGCCGAUCAUUCUCUCGUUGAAGCCACCCACAAGGGUGUAUCAAAAUUACCGCUUGACACCGAUGCCACUGUCACCACAUUGGUAGUUCCAGAUCUAGCCGAGCCCUUACUCUCAAUUGCUGGCCUCUGCGACGCCGGACUAACUGUGGUUUUCACCAAACAAUCUGAAAAGAUUUGA